AGUUUUCAAUCAGUUCAUCACUCGAUUGCAGUGGACACACGAUAACUUCUUAAAUCACCACAAACAUUUUACUCAGUUUUAAAUAACAACCAACAUACAGAAACAAAAUGCAAUUCCAGACGUCUUUUUCUCUACUCGCCAUUGCUGUGUGCGUCAUCUCUGCGUACGCCACCGAACAGUCAAGGCAAUCGUCUCAGUCGGCCACCGUUGCAGGAGACCGCAAUAAACGUGGUUUGUACGCUUCACCAUACUUAGCUCCGUAUGGACCUACACCGUACUUGGCAUCUCCGUACGCGGCAUCCCCGUACGUGGCACCCCCGUACGUAGCCUCGCCAUACGCAGCCUCACCCCGUUACGUUUCAUCGCCAUACGUGGCUUCGCCAUACGUCGCUUCUCACCAUCCGUACGGUGCCGUCUCGUCCUACGCCACUUACCCGUACGUCGCCAAAACUUUUGCCUCGCCGUACGCUUACUACCCUUGAGACGAUGCUUCGAGAACACGGCAAAGCUGAGCAUUACUAAACCGUGGAAUACCUACCAAUGAACAUCUAACUUUUAUAUACUUAAUGUUAACAUACCAUCCGUGAUAUUGUAUUUUUUACUAUAAUUAAACACUUAUUAUUUCAAU